ACAAAAAUCUUGAACUAAAGGCCUCACAACCACCAACCAAUUAAAACAAUGUGAAGAAGUUGUAAAGCAAAUCUAGUGAAGAAGUUCAACAAAAAUAAUGGAAACAUGUUCAUUUCCAAGAAUUGUACUAUCCCCCUUAAAUCCACUAAUCUCAAAAAACAAACACUUCCAAAUUCCCAAAUCCAAACAAUUACAUAAAAAAAUCACACCUCUUUUUGCAACACUCAAUUCUCCAAAAGGUUUUGGACCUUCCCCUAAGAAAAUUAUCAAAAAAUCCAAGAAAAUACCAAAACAAGAAAAUGAAGAUCAAGACGACGAUAACGAUAACGAUGAUGAUGAUGAUAAUGAUGAUGAAGAACAAGAAAGAGGAGUUAUACCAGAGAUAGUAACUAAUAGAAUGAUAAGUAGAAUGGGACUUUCCGUUGGUAUUCCUUUGUUUAUUGGUUUAUUGUUUUUUCCUUUUUUUUAUUAUCUUAAGGUUGGUUUAAAAAUUGAUGUGCCUACUUGGGUACCUUUUAUUGUGUCAUUUGUGUUUUUUGGGAGUGCCUUAUUGGGAGUUAGUUAUGGGAUAGUUUCAUCUAGUUGGGAUCCAAUGAGAGAAGGGUCAACUUUGGGUUGGAAUGAAGCUAAGAAGAAUUGGCCUGUUUUUUGGCAAUCAAUUAGUGGGGGUGGAUCAAGAAAAAAGUAUUAGGAGUUUUGGACUUUGGUUAUGUAUCUUUUAUUAAUAUAAUAAUGUGUUUAAAUCUUGAUCUUAUUAUAUAAUCAUGUUAUUUGGAUUGCUUAUUUA